AUGGCUGGUUCAGUCCCUAUCGCCGGAUCCCUUGCGGACAUCUACCCAAACGCUGCUUUGACGACGGAAGCACCACGAUGGAAUACCUUGCUAUCCGCAUUCGAGAAGACCUAUGGCCACAAGGCCACGUUUGUUGCCCGUUCUCCCGGAAGAGUGAACAUUCUCGGCGAGCACAUUGAUUAUUCCCUAUAUUCGGUCUUGCCCAUGGCCAUCACAGCCGAUGCCAUCAUGGCCGUGUCGUCAACCCCCGUGCAAGAUGGAGCGACCACAUUCAAAGUCAAGAUUGCCAACUUGGAAGACUCCAAGUUUCCAGCAAACGAGUUUGAUGUACCCGUGGGCACGGACGUCGACAUCGAUGCCACAAAGUUCGAGUGGACCAACUAUUUCAAGUGUGGCCUUCGUGGCGCCAUGGGGCUGCUUCGCAAGAAUCAUGGCAUGGCUUUCAAAGGCUGCAAUAUGGAAAUCAUGGUUGACGGAACCGUGCCCGUUGGUGGAGGGCUGAGUUCCAGCGCAGCGGUCGUCACCACCGGUGCCCUUGCUGUUAUGAAAGCAAACGGCGUAGAUGAGGUUGACAAGACAGAACUGACGGAACUGGCUAUUGUGAGCGAGCGAGCAGUUGGCGUCAACGCAGGAGGCAUGGAUCAAGCUGCAUCCGUGUUCUCGGAGCGAGGCUCGGCGCUCUUUGUCUCAUUCAGUCCCCGACUUGAAGCCCGCCCGGUCAAAAUGCCCCCGACACGCCCGGAGUUGUGCUUUCUUAUUGCACAGAGCUUCGUCACCGCAAAUAAGCAUGUCACCGCCCCCAUUCACUACAACCUGCGUGUCGUUGAAGUAAGCUUUGCGGCAGCCUACUUGAAUGCUGUGCUCAACCCACCGGGGACGCAGCUACCCGAGGAUGCUGGACCUUUGGGCAUCAGCCUUCAAGGGUUCCAUGAUACGUACUUUUACCACCAAAAUGGGUCAGACUACGCCGCGGCGAAGAGUGUGACAAAGGAAGAGGAGCUGGAGAAGCUUAUCGCUGUCACCAAAGAGACACUUACACAGGAAGAAGGAUAUAGCAGGGAAGAGAUUGCCAAGGUCCUCAAUGUGAGUGUGCAGGACCUCGAAAGCAGGUUUACCUCCAAAGUUCCUGUUAGAGCAGAGCGCUUCAUGUUGAGACAACGUGCUCUCCAUGUCUUUACCGAAGCAUUGAGAGUAUUGAAGUUCCUUACUCUUCUCGAGCGACCACUUCACACCGGGGCAUCCGAUACAACGCCAUUCAACAAGGAGCUAGGAAACAUCAUGAAUGCCACUCAAGAUUCCUGUCGUGAUUUGUAUGACAACAGCUGCGCGGAGAACGACAAAAUUUGCCAAGUUGCUUUGGCAGCUGGCUCUUACGGUAGUCGCCAAACUGGAGCUGGUUGGGGAGGCUGCAGUGUACACUUGGUUUCGGUAGAUAAGGUGGAGGAUCUCAAGGCAGCUCUUGAACGCGAGUACUACUCCAAGAUGAAGCUUACCGAGGAACAAAAGGCUCAAGCAAUGGUUGUCAGUAGACCUGCUGGAGGCAGUGCCUUGUACAUAGUCAGCGACGAGACGGUUCACUGA